CUGGAGUUGUGCAGUAUUUAUGGGAAGUGCGUGCUUCUUGAAAGAGUAUUGAGAAUAAUUUGGACACUAUUUCGGAUCACCCAGAACUGCUGCAUUCAGCAGUUGGAGGGGAGGUGAAUGCAUAGUAUGGAUGUGGGUUAGUGCAUGCAGGAGUCUGACACCUUUCGGCAUGUGUGCAUUGAAGGAGCUGAGCAACUGCUGCUGAGCUUAAGGGGGCAAAGCCGAAAAGUACUACUAUUUCAUAAAGUUGCCAGCAACACAGCUGCUUCCCUGACCCAACAGCCACUGGAGGAGGGAAAGAGAUGGGGGAAACGGACAAAGAAGAAUAUAAGAUACAUUCGUUUGACACAGAAAUUCAGCAGUUGCUGAAAACAGCUCUCAAAGACCCCAGCAAAGUGGAUCUGGAGAAAGUGGCCAAUGUAAUUGUGGACCAAUCCCUCAAAGACUGCGUGUUCAGUAAAGAAGCCGGACGUAUUUGUUACACCAUCAUCCAGGCAGAGAACAAACAGACAGGCCAGAGUGUCUUCCGGCGAGGCCUUCUCAACCGCCUUCAGCAGGAAUAUAAGGACCGCGAUGACUUGCGAGCCCGCUCCCUCCAAGCUUGGAUUGGCUACGUCACCUUUAUCUGUAGCAUCUUUGACUACCUGAGAGUCAACAAUAUGCCCAUGAUGGCACUGGUGAACCCUGUUUACGACUGCCUGUUUCUACUGGCACAGCCUGAGAACCUAAGGAAAGAAGAAGAGGUGGACUGCCUGGUGUUGCAGCUACACCGUAUUGGGGAACAGCUUGAGAAGAUGAAUUCCCAGAGGAUGGAUGAACUCUUUUCCCUUCUGCGAGAUGGCUUUUUGCUCCAACAGGGCCUUAGUUCCCUCUCCCAACUGCUCUUGCUGGAGAUCAUUGAGUUCCGGGCUGCUGACUGGAAAAUGACAGAGGCGGCCCAGAAAUACUACUACAGCGAGGUUACCGACUGAACGAGGUUACCGCUAGCACCAGCUCAUGCUACCUUCAGGCAGAGUUUGAAUUCUCACUCCGGCUCCCUUUCACCAGCAACUUUGAAAACAAAACAAAAGCUGCAAUUAUUUUAAAUGCUCUUUCUCCAGCACUUUCUGUAUCGAGAACAUAUAAUGGGCUCCCUCAAUAGCUCUUUGGCACAGGGUAACUGCUGGCCAAAACUGAGGAGCUGGGAGAGCAGUUCCAUUUGGCUGGAGCCAAAGCUUGUAUCUUGCAACUGCUACUCCCAUUGUGUUGCACUAAAUAGGGACUUGAUCUAACCACUGCUGCAAGAUGAAUUAGCAUUUUAUACAGGGUCAUUGUCUCUUCUUACUUGUCUAUGCUAAUUUUAAGCAGAGAGGCAGUGGUUUAAACCUAACCUGAUAAUAACUUUUUUUUAACUCUAACAACACCGUGAGAAUUAUGUCUCACAUUUGUUAUUUUAUAUUGUUCCAUAGCUGACUUCAGUUUGUGAAGGGAUCAAAGCACCACCAUAGGAUUUCAGUUUGCAUCCUUGCAGCUUCCUUUGAGUAUUCUAAAUAUCAGCUGCUGGGGAAUGUGAAGUGGGGUGGUUAUGGUUAGGGUCCUUCCACAGGCAUCUGGUGGAUCGUUGCUGGAAUACAAUUCUAGCUGUGUUGUUGGUCUUCCUUUGCUUUCUAGACUCUGAUUUGUGCCACAGGUGCUAUGAAGCUCAUGUAGCUACUAAUGGCAGAUGGCUUUACCAUACUUCCUACUUCUGGUUAACAAAAUAGCAAUUUAAAAAAACUGUCUGAUAGUUUCUAUGCAAGACAGAGUUUGUGUAGAUGCAAAAAAAAAAAA